AUGACGAUUCCAGAUGCCACUAUUAUGAAAAAUUCUUUCAAACCACCUCCAAAAAAUGGGCAGAUGGGAGUCGGUGUGGACCAACGUGAGUUGGAACUAAGGAAAGCAACUGGUAAAAAGUGCCGUCAUAUAAAAUCUAAAAACUAUACACUUCUAAUGACAUGCAAUAAAACGUCAACUUUUCUUCUUUCUUCUCUGAUUAUUGAUUUUGGUUCCAGAAAACUUGAAGAGCCAAAUAAGUACACAGGAGACCGUUUGGACUACGAUACAAAUUGUGAUGACUACAACUAUCCCGAUGAGGAAUUGCCUGUUCUCAGACGCAAAAUGCGCCGACCAAAACUUCGAUGUUCAACAAAAACUCCGUGCCAUAGCGGUCCACUUCCUCGCGGAGACCAUUUUCAACCACAGUCGACGCCAUUACCACCUAUACCUCAGCAACCAUCUCCGCUACCGUUAGUGGCACCACCAACUCAGGCGAACACUCCGCAGGUACCUGUAGGAAUCUUACCACCACAUAUACCCCUACCCGUACCUCUCACACCGGCUCCACCUUUUCAGAUGAUCCAAAUGGAGGAAUCCACACCGGAAACAUGUCAACAAAUGCUGCGCCUAGCUACAGCCUUUGGUAUCGCCGACAUAUCUUCGUAUGCUCGGGAAUGUUGCUUCUUCUAA